AAUGAGCACAUCUUCAUGCCAAUUCUGUUCCAGCUCCUCCUUGAUCAGCCUGGGCAUGACUGUGGGGGUUCAUGUCCCAUGUCCUGCUUCCCCCAUUGCAUCACCAGUGCAUCCAGCUGAGUCCUGUGUCCUGGCACCAUGACAGCAAUCCAACACAGGCACCCUUAAUGCUGCCUUUGAAAUCUCACAGACCACAACAUGCCCAUGACACAGAUUUUCACUGGGAAACAAACACCUCACUCCAGUGUUGUAGAUGAAAUAGGAGCUCCGGAUUAAGAUAAUCCAUGUUUCAGAAUAAAACAGGGUGUUUUCUUUGAUACAACUUGUGUAAAUGGAAGUAAACAAGACCUCAGCAUCCUUUUCCCUGUGUAAAGCCACUUCCCCAGAAGGUGUGUUCAGCAAUGACAGAAGGGCUAUAAAGGACCCCAAGAUGCUCACACCCACACUUUGGUUUAACCAUGGCCAUCCAGAGCUUGCUGCAGUACCUGGGCUCUAGCUCACCGCUGUGCCUGGCAGCAGUGCUGGUUGCUUUCCUUUGCUAUUUUACCAGCUUGAAGAAGUCAGUUUGCAGUUUGCCUCCUGGGCCACGACCUCUUCCUCUGAUCGGGAACCUGAACGUGGUGGACCUGAAAAAGCCGUUCCAGUCGCUGACAGAGCUCUCCAAGAUAUAUGGCAACGUCUUCACUGUGCAUUUUGGACCCAGGAAAGCAGUGGUGCUGGCUGGAUAUGAAACCAUCAAGGAUGCCUUUUUAAAUCAUGCUGAAGAAUUUGGAGAGAGGGCAGAAAUACCCAUAUUUAGGAAAAUGACACAAGGAAAUGGCAUAGCAUUCAGCCAUGGAGAGCAAUGGAAAACUAUGAGAAGAUUUACCUUGUCCACACUGCGUGAUUUUGGGAUGGGAAAGAGAAGCCUAGAGAUCCGAAUCCUGGACGAAGUCAAUUCCCUUAUCAAAUAUUUUGAAUCCUAUCAUGGGAAACCAUUUGAUACCAAGAUGAUACUCAACAACGCUGUAUCCAAUGUCAUCUGCUCUAUAUUGUUUGGAGAGAGGUUUGAAUAUGAUGAUCCGGUAUUCAUAACUUUGCUGAAGAUGAUAAAUGAAAAUACUAAGCUGUUGGGCUCCCCUAUGGUGCUGUUGUAUAAUUUCUACCCAUCCCUCGGCUUUCUCUCUGGAGCUUCCAAGACUGUGCUACAAAAUAUCAGUGAGCUGAAUGCUUUUCUCCAGAAGCUCUUCCAGGAACACAAAAAAGAACUUAAUGAAAAUGACUUAACAGGUUUUGUAGAUGCCUUUCUGAUGAAGCAACAACAGGAAUCAAAGAAACCCCACACUAUGUUCAGCAAUGGAAACCUGUUGUUUUCAACUCUGGAUCUCUUUGCUGCUGGGACUGAGACUACUUCUACGACUGUGCGCUGGGGUCUUCUUCUGAUGAUGAAAUACCCAGAGAUUCAGAGAAAGAUUCAGGAAGAAAUGAAUCACGUCAUUGAACCAGGAGAGAUGCCGAAGUUGGAGGACCGGAAAAAAAUGCCUUACACAGAGGCAGUGAUACAUGAAAUACAAAGGUUUGCCAAUAUUGUCCCAAUGGGUGUAUCACGAGCAACUCCUACUGAUGUGAAUUUCCAAGGCUAUGUGAUUCCUAAGGGUACAGAAAUUAUUCCACUGCUGACCUCUGCUCUGAAUGAUGAGUUACACUGGAAAACCCCAGCUCAGUUCAACCCUUCCCACUUUCUGGAUGCUGAUGGGAACUUCAUUAGGAGAGAGGCAUUCAUCCCAUUCUCCAUAGGACGAAGGGCUUGCCUUGGAGAAGGACUGGCCAAAAUGGAGCUGUUCCUCUUCUUUGCAGGCUUGCUCCGCAAAUUUGUUUUCCAUCCCCCUCCAGGAGUGAAUAAGUCAGACCUAGAUUUGACAGCUGAUGUUGGCUUUACCUUGAACCCCAUGCCUCACCUGGUCUGUGCUGUGCCCUAUGAAUGAUCCCACCACAUGGAAUUAGAGUAGUGAACCUUUCCAGCUUGAAAAGCAAGUCUAGUUGCAGGGGAAAAAGCUGUCUGUACCUGAGCUUUAGG